CUAUAAGUUUGGGUGCCGGACUCAGAGGCCCCAGGCUCCCCCGAUCUCGGCCCCCUCUGAACCUCCAGGAUGUGGCGACUGAGGCUCCCUGUGACCCCGCUGUGGGGGGCGGCUCUGCUCCUGGGCCUCUGCCUGCAGCUGAUGGCUCAGGACCCCAUCCAAAACCGCAAGCCAUUCACCGUGGAGCUGGUCCUGCCUCAGACCCCUGUGAAAGCCGGGGAGGAUUUUACUGUAAUAGCAACAGUGACCUCUAACCUUAGGGAGUGCAUGGUGGUCCAAGCCAGCCUCCAGGCCUCUCAGGACCUGACCUUCCCCUACGGGAACUUCAACUACACAGCCUGUCUCUGUGACGGCGACCGCCGAAACUACUACUGGGACGUCACCGCCAACCGCACAACCAAGGUGACUGUCAUGGCCGAGGCCACAGAGGAGAAAAACAUUUGCACCGAAGACCUGGCCGUCAGACCCCUGAGCAACAGAGUUGAUUCUCAGACCAAGACCCUGAAUGUCACGGCCUGAGAUGAGUCCCAACCCCUUCCCGGACCCCCUGCCUGGAACCCCGGUGAUUAGACCGAGGCCAGGCUGCACAUAAACAUCCUGCUAACUGC